AUGAAAGAAAUUGCUAAAGCAUUAGAUACUAUAUUUGAAAAUUUAAAUGAAACUAAUUCCAAACUAAACCAUAUUAACGAAGUAUUUGAGCAAUACCAAGAAACUGUUUCUAUUCAAGCUACAAAGCUUCAAGACAUGGAUAAUAAUUUAAAUACAACAUUUCAAGAAACGUUUUCUACUUUAAGCAUGAAUAUUUUAGAAAUAUAUAAUAAAGUUACUAAAUAUACUGACGAUCAAAAUAAUAUAUUAAAUAUUCUUGAAGAUAUUAGAUCUGAACACUCUCACGAGCCACUUUCAGAAAUAAUUAAUCCAAAAAAUAAAUUAAUUAAGAAUUCAACUCGAUAUUUUACAUCACAUCCUACUUUGUGGAAUCCAAUUCGUUACAAGAUAAACAGUCAUCAAAAUUCUGAAAAUAUAGAUAAAACCUCCUUCAAGUUUAACUUAGAAAAACCACUAGGCGAUCAUUAUAAUCGGAAAAGGAUAAAUAAUUACAUAAGAUUUUACCUUGAAGAUUAUAAUAAAAGAAGUGAAGAUUUACAACAAAGAGAGUUAUGGAGUAAAGAUGCCGUAAGAGAUAUAAUUAUUGGAUAUGUUGGAUACCUUCACAAAUGA